GGCGCGCGUCUACUUCCGCUCGUCCGCUCUGACGUCACCGCCGCCUGUCGGUCCGGAGAGCGUCAGCUGCAGUUAGCAAUCUUAGCAUGUUGUGUUAGCAUGUUCACAAAACUCGAUAACAUGUUCAUAAAAAUCAUGAAAUAUGUCACAGGAUGUGAAGGAUGUGAGUGUGUGUUUCCGUCCGCCGCUGGACGUCCGAGACGUGGUCCUCCUCACACACAGAGUCCUGCAGGAGCUUCCCAGCAGAGUCCUGCCCCAGUUCAAGCCCUGGUUCCCAUCUGCGUCUGAUGCGCACAGACCCAUCAGACCCCUCAGACCUGCUCCUCUGAUCUCCUCCGAGGAUCUGCAGAGCGUCCCUCUGCAUCUGGAGGAACCUGCGGAGACUUUAGACCGGCGCAAACCGGCCGAGAGCGAGGCCAAGAGAUUCAAACGCUCGUGGUGCGCGAUCGCCGACAGAAGCGCUCCGCUGAAGACCACGCGCUCCUUCUCGAGGCUGUUCCGAAACGCCGUGGAGAAGCACGGACUGCAUCUCCGUCAGAGAGUCAAGUGGGUGGUGUGUGAGAGAAACUGUGGCGCUCGCGGGAUGGAGGAACUUUGGCUGGAUCUGAACCGAGCCAUCAGACGCUCACGACUGCCCACCUGCAACGCUAACUACCAGAGAGCGCUGGCUCAGAUCUGGCUCUACUGCGACGUCUUUUACUCCGAAUAUAUUGGGAACUUCGUGAAGCAGGAGUUCCAGCUCUCAGGACUCAUCACUUUAACGGGCCACAAACUUGGAGACAUCAUUAAGUUAUAGCUGUGAAGUGAUUUGUAUUUAUUAUUAUUGUUUUUAUAAGUCAUGCAUUUUACAUGUGUAUUAAAGUGCUGUGGGUUUCA